UCUCCCUUGCGCGAUAAUAAGAUGAACGAGCAGAGGAGAAUUCCAUCACCUCCAAAACGUGCCGAAAAUACCGAACCGUUAAAAAGAGAUGCACCUCGGAGCCAAGAUAGCGACAAUUCAAAACCUUACAAUGGUGGAGGUGCAAAUCCGCCGACCAAAAAUGAUACAGUCACGAGACCCAAGGAAAAGAGACCUCCGGCGUCACCAGGCAAGAUUGCCGAAGAAGGUAGAAGGAAGCCUAGUAACGACACAAAAGAUAUGAUUCCCAGUGAUCAUGGUAGUUCUGGGCACGAGGAUUCUGCUAAGAAAGCUCGCUCGCGCAGGGAAGCUUUACUGAACUUCCCAUCACUUUUAGCUCAAUUUUACUUAGCGAUUCGUCCUCUGCUGGCGGUACCACAUGGAGGUCAACUAGCUCCAGAAAUGUCUCAGACCAAGGAUCUCCCACACUUCCAAGAGGACACGUUUCUAUGCGUAAUCCACGCGGGCGGAUGGGAGGAGUGA